AUGCCGCCAAAGUCCAAAAAUGGCCUUGAUGCCAAAUCCCCCUCACGGCGGAGCAGCCGCUCACCCAGCCCCAAGAUACCUCAAAAAGCGUCACGUACGAUUUCAGACUACACAUCUGAGGGGGUGAAUAACAAUGACAUUUUUAACUUACCAAAGUCCGACUACAAAAUUAUACUUGUGAUAACUGCGCUUGCAACUAUAGUGAGGCUGUUCAGGAUUUAUCAGCCAACCAGCGUGGUGUUUGAUGAGGUCCAUUUUGGCGGUUUUGCGAUGAAAUACAUCAAAGGGAAAUUUUUCAUGGACGUUCAUCCUCCAUUGGCCAAGUUACUCAUCACUUUAGCUGGCUACCUUGGUGGAUUCCGCGGUGAUUUCGAUUUUAAAGAAAUUGGCAAAGAUUAUUUGGAACCAGGAGUUCCAUAUGUCUCGAUGCGUAUGCUUCCCGCAAUAUUAGGAAUUCUAUCCGUUCCGACGAUGUUUUUCACCUUGAAGGCUUCUGGUUGCCGGACAAUAACGUCUGCUUUGGGCGCCCUUUUGGUAACAUUCGAAAAUGGAUUAGUUACCCAGUCCCGGUUUAUUCUUCUCGACUCUCCCUUGAUUAUCUGUACGGCCUUGACAGCACUUUCUUUUACUUGUUUUACAAAUCAGCAUGAACAGGGGCCGUCUAAAGCGUUUAGCCAAUCCUGGUGGUUUUGGCUUGCUGCGACUGGAGUAUCAUUAGGUGCUACUGUGAGCGUUAAAUGGGUCGGCCUUUUUACAAUUGCUUGGGUUGGAAGUUUAACAGUACUUCAACUAUGGGUUCUUCUCGGGGAUACCAAAACCGUGUCUCUUGAUAUCUGGGCACGUCAUUUUUUCGCACGGGCAUUGUGCUUGAUCGGCAUACCUAUCACAUUUUACCUUGUCAUGUUCGCUAUUCAUUUUCAAUGCCUUGUGAACCCAGGAGAGGGUGAUGGGUUCAUGUCCUCCGAAUUCCAAGCCACCCUUAACUCUAAAGGGAUGCAAGAUGUGCCCGCUGACAUCGGUUUUGGCUCGCGUAUUACGCUUAGGCAUCACAACACGCAAGGUGGUUACUUACACUCCCACGCGCACAUGUAUCCGACGGGUAGCAAGCAACAGCAAAUAACUUUGUAUCCACACAAGGAUGAUAACAAUAUUUGGAUUUUUGAGAACCAAACCCAGCCCCUUGCCGAAUACGGUCAAGUAGAAGGGCCCAGGGCGUGGGAUAAUAUCACCGUCGGCUUUGUCGAAGAUGGCGCUGUUCUAAAAUUGUACCAUAUUGCUACUGAUCGCAGAGUUCACUCCCAUGACCAUCGACCACCUGUUACAGAAGCUGAAUGGCAGAACGAAGUCUCCGCUUACGGGUACGAAGGCUUUGGUGGCGAUUCGAACGAUCUUUUCCGGGUUGAAAUUGUCAAAUCUUUGUCUGACGGUGCAGAAGCGAAGAAGAGACUCAGAACUAUCCAAACCAAAUUUAGGCUUAUUCAUGCUAUGACGGGCUGCGCUUUAUUUUCUCAUUCGGUAAAACUCCCGGAGUGGGGCUUUGAGCAACAAGAGGUGACAUGCGCCAAAGGCGGGUCCAUGCCCAACAGCAUUUGGUAUGUGGAGCAUAAUGAUCAUCCAAUGCUUGGUCCGGAUGUGGAAAAGGUCAAUUACAGACGUCCCAGCUUCUUCUCCAAGUUUUGGGAACUUCAGCGUGUCAUGUGGAAAACAAACGCUGGCCUAGUAGAAUCUCAUGCUUGGGAUUCACGUCCUACUUCCUGGCCACUCUUGCUACGGGGAAUCAACUUUUGGGGUAAAGAUCACCGACAAAUCUAUCUCAUUGGAAACCCUCUUAUUUGGUGGGCGUCAACUGGUGCGAUCGUGGCAUAUGUGCUCUUCAAGGGCAUUGCAGUACUUCGAUGGCAACGAGGUUUUGGUGAUUAUCGCAAUGUCAACUUCAAGCGUUUCGAUUACGAAAUCGGCCAAACAGUCCUGGGCUGGGCUUUCCACUACUUCCCUUUCUAUUUAAUGGCCCGCCAGCUAUUCCUUCACCAUUAUUUCCCUGCUCUAUAUUUUGCUAUCAUCGCCUUUUGUCAGAUUUUUGACUUUGCAGCCAACCGAGUGACUAUCUGCGAUGCUAAACGAAACGCCAUGAUCGCCAAUGUGUUUUUCGUUGUAUUUUUGGCCUUGAGUAUUGCGGUAUUCGGACUAUUUUCUCCACUGGCAUACGGUAAUACUUGGACACAGGGGGCCUGCCGUAAGGUUAAGGUGCUUAGCUCAUGGGACUUUGACUGCAAUACUUUCCACACCGAUUUGGCACAAUAUUCGAAUCCUGUGGCCGUGAGUGCAUCGCAACCGGGAGCAAACCCUACCUCUUCGAGCGCUGUUGAACUGCAGCAGCCUGCCCCGGAGAAAGAAGGCCUUCCGAAAGAUGGUGCGAACGAGUCCACUGAAGCGGCCGAAGUUACAAUGGCGGCUGGCGAUCAGAUUAUUGAAAAACAAGAAUCGGUUGAAUACCGCGAUCAGAAUGGAAAUGUCCUCAACGCCGAGCAAGUCUCUUCUCUUGCAAAAGAAGGUGGAGUAUCCUUUCAGACUAGAUACGAGACAAGAACAAGAGUGGUAGACGCUCAGGGACGUGAUCUGGAACAACAGUUGGCUCCCCCACACCCUGACGUGGAUGGGCAGAACCCAGAAACUCCUGGCAAGGGUGAGAGCGCCCACGGCGAUAAACCUGCUUCUGUGGCUGGUGAUGAAAAGUCUAUUCAGCGCGAUGAUAGCAAGCCGAAACCGGCCAGUGAGGGAAAAGAUGCCACCAGAAAGGUAAAUGAAUUGUAA